CUCCCAUUCCCUCUCCCUUCACUAAUUCCCCAUUCUCCAUUUCUCAAACUUCUUAUCCUCUCACUCUCAUUUUUCCCAAAACUAAAAACCAAAAAAACGAUGUGUCGUUCCGAGGAGGCCUUGGAAGCCAGUACUGUCGUCGUUGAUUCCAAAUUCAACGCCCGUCCCGUCCUUCAACCCACUUGCAACCGUGUCCUCGAUCGCCGUAAUUCCCUCAAAAAACAACCUUCUCUCAAGCCCCCUUCCGCCGCCGUCGCCGCCGUCUCUCCCACCUCCCCUAAAUCCAAAUCCCCCCGUCCUCCGGCCACCAAACGGGCCAAUGACGGUAAUAAUCCCAUGAACUCCAGCUCCGACAAGAUCCUCAUUCCGGCCGCCACGAACGGUGGCGGGUCUGUAUCACGGCCGAGAGCUACGUUGGAUAGGAAGAAAUCGAAAAGCUUCAAAUUGGGUGGCAAUGGGAAUGUUGUGAUUUGUGAUAAUGGUGGAUAUGAGGUGGCGCCCUUGAGCUACGCUUCUUCUUUGAUCACUGAGUCGCCGGGAAGUAUCGCCGCCGUGAGAAGAGAACAGGUGGCUCUGCAACAGGCGCAGAGGAAGAUGAGAAUUGCUCAUUAUGGAAGAUCUAAAUCUGCUCGUUUUGAAAAAAUUGUUCCUCUUGAUUCUAAAAUUAAACCCGCUGUUGAAGAUAGAAGAUGUAGCUUCAUCACUCCAAAUUCAGAUCCCAUUUAUGUUGCUUACCAUGAUGAAGAAUGGGGCGUCCCUGUUCAUGAUGACAAGAUGUUGUUUGAAUUGCUGGUUCUAAGCGUAGCCCAGGUGGGUUCGGAUUGGACAUCAAUUUUGAAGAAACGCCAAGAUUUCAGAAAUGCAUUUUCAAGUUUCGAUUCAGAAAUUGUGGCAGUUUUUUCCGACAAACAAAUGGUUUCAAUCAGCUCAGAAUAUGGCAUCGACAUCAACAGAGUCCGAGGAGUCGUCGACAAUGCAAUUCGAAUUCUCCAGAUCAAGAAGGAAUUUGGGUCAUUCGACAAAUACAUUUGGGGAUUUGUGAACAACAAGCCAUUUUCACCGCAGUACAAAUCCGGCCACAAAAUUCCGGUGAAGACAUCAAAAUCAGAGACCAUAAGUAAAGAUAUGGUCCGACGAGGUUUCCGAUCGGUCGGACCGACGGUGGUUCACUCCUUCAUGCAAGCCGCCGGUCUGACCAACGACCAUCUCACCACUUGCCACAGGCACCUUCACUGUACGUUAAUCGCCGCCGGCCGCCGUACUACGGCGACGACGACGACGACGGAAGUGGAAGAGACGGCAACGGCGACGGCGGGUUCUGAAACUCUCUAGAAUUGACUCGAGAAUUUAAUUAACAGACAAAAAGAAAAAGUGAUAACCUUUACAAGGAGUCAAUCAAUGAUGAUUUGCUUGCUAAUUAACUAGAUAACUAUUUUUUU